AUUUUUUCUCAUUUUCUCUCUCUCAUGCACACAUCUCCAACUACACCUUUCAAAUUCCUCUGCAUAUCUAUCGUACCCUUUAAAACCUCCUCUUCUUCUACUCUCUUCUCUAUCUUUUAAGCUAUUCAAGCUCAAUACUUUACAUCUAACUUUCGCUAUUGAGGAUCGUCUUUCAACUCGACUUCGUUUUUCUAAUUGUUAACACCACAAUGGAAUCUGAUAACGGGCUUGCUGUGGAGGAAGAGAAACGUGUUAUCGGAGUAACAACCAAGGUGGAGAAUAUAAAGAAAGAAGAUGAAAAGGACUGUAACGGUGCAGAAAUUCAGACCAAGAAGGAAGUAUCUAAACCCAUUUCUGCUGCAAAUAAAAAUUCAAAAGGUGCCACUAAGGAAACUGGUGGCAGAGCAAGUGUUGCUUCCAAGAGCAACAAAUAUGCCAAAGAUAAUUUGAAGGGUCUGAGUUCAAUAGCUCAAAAACAAAGACCAUCACUUUCCCAAAGCAUUUCUUUCCCAGCCAGAUCAUCUCGGGAAGAUGCUAUGCAGAAAAGCAUUGAUGGGUAUAUUCUGAAGACAAAAGUUAAACACGUUCAAGGUUAUGGGAUUAGAGCUGAAGCCCCCAUUCGUCAUUUAAACAACCCCACAAACUCACUUGCCAAAACCCACGCUGCCAUGCCUACUUUGAAACGCUCUGCGUUUGGAAGGACUACUACAGUUACUCCGGCCACCAAGAGCCAAAUUUCUGAGACAUCGUUACUUGUUGAUCAUGUGUCAAACAGGGCAAAGUCUGGAAAACCAAAUAAAGAUGAUGAUGAUUGCCAUUCAGCAACUUCAAGUGCUACUCCUCGUCUGAGAAGCAGUGGAGUUGGAUUUUCCUUUCGAUUGGAAGAAAGAGCUGAAAAGCGAAAGGAGUUUUUCUCAAAGUUGGAGGAAAAAACUCUAGCCAAGGAAGCAGAGAAAACUAACCUACAAGCAAAAUCAAAGGAAAACCAAGAGGCAGAGAUCAAACUAUUGAGGAAGAGCCUGACAUUCAAAGCCACUCCAAUGCCAAAUUUCUACAAGGAACCACCUCCAAAAGUUGAGCUUAAGAAGAUACCAACAACACGCCCAAAAUCCCCAAAGCUUGGAAGGCACAAGGAACCUACAAUGAACAACAAUUCAGGAGAAGAUAAGUGUUGCUCAAGUCCGCGUGGGAAACAACAGCAAAAUGAUUCAAACAAGGGUAAGGGUCAUAAGGAUGUGAUUUCAAAGAAACAAAUCCCAAAAACCCACUCCAAGCUGAAGUCUGAGGAAAAUGUAACCACAGAAAACAAAGAAUUCCAAGUUCCAGAUGACAACAAUUCUGAAUGCAAAAAUGACAUGGAGUUACAAUGUGAACCAGGUCAUGCAUCAAAUACUGCACUGCUUCUAAAUUCGACUACGAAGGAGCUUGUGUCGUAUGAGGUUAUUGUUGGAGUGUAGAUUUAUAUCAUCGGACUUUAUAAUUAUGUAAGAUUAGAGUUCUAUGUUGUUAAUUAUUUCUUUUAUCAUUGUGAAUACAGAGGUUGGUUCAUGUUCAUCAUAAACGACUAUUAUUCCAAAUAAGAGUUGCUCUUUUUGUCAU